GCGUUGUUAGGGGGCGCUACGUUUCCCGAAGCGUGUGACGCCAUUUUUAUUGUUGAAAAAAAAUCCGCCGAAAAUACAAAAUUGAAAAUCGUCUUUUUGCAUAAAUUCGUGUAAAAUAACACAAAUUCACACAACAAUGAAGCGAACCCGCUCAUUUAAAGAAGGUGACAAAGUGUUUGCUAAAAUCAAAGGCUAUCCAGCUUGGCCGGCAGUUAUUUUAGCAAAAAGCGGUAAAAAAUUCAAUGUGCAGUUUUACGGAACUGGAGAGACGGGCUUUAUUAAACCUGAAGACAUAUUCUACUAUCUUAAGAAUAAGGAACAGAUGGUCAAAGGGUCGAAAAAGAAGGAGUUCAAAGACGCUGUUGAGCAGAUUGAAAAGGCCAUUGCUGAGGACGGAACAGAUGGUGAUGAGUCUGGUGUUGAUGCAGGUGCCCCAGCUCCUAAAAGGAAGAGAAGUAACUCAGAGAAAUCCUCAGAUUCUGUUCCGUCGAAAGUUAGCAGUAAUGCUAGAAACUCUGAAAGUGAAGGAGAAUCAAAUAUGAGUGAAAGUGCUGUAGACGGUCCUAACGAGUCUAGAAUUGAAUCUGAGAACAAGACAUUCGGGAGUGCUGACGAAAAUAAUGCAGUGGACGAAGAUUUGCCAUUUUUGCCAAACAUUAAAGUAGUUUCGGAGCUUAACUUAAAAAAUUGGAUUAUUUAUGCAGAUGCAGUUAAGGAAAAACCAGAGUUAUACAAAUCCCGCCCUGUUGACCAACGCCAUUACUUCGAAAACCAAGUAUUUCCGGUAUUGCUCCCUUCCGGCAAAUAUGCAGGCCUUAAACUCCACAAGAAGUGGCCGCUGCACUUCGAAAAUGAAUACGAGUGUGCUAUUUAUGACAGUGAUACAGCCUCCAGAGUGCUUCUCCUCAAAGAUGCAGUGACUAGUGGCGAAAUAACCCCAGAGAGCAAUCCUGAAUCGUUCCUCGAUGAUUUUGAUCUCACUGAAACUGAAAUAAAGCGAGAUGCUGAAAUGAAACUGAUCAACAGCAAAUACAAAAGGGUAGAGAGAUUGAGAGCAGAGUCCAGCUUGGUUGAACUUGACGCAAAAAUUAAGAAUUGUCUCGGCUUAAAUAAAGCCGAGCCAAAGAAAGCGUUGGAAUUCUUGGAUAGUUUACUUGAGAUAAAUAUGGACGAAAUUAUGCUAAAGAAACACUCUCACGUUGUUGAGAUGAUCAGGAGGUUGAGAAAAUACGUAGGAAAUUUAGAAGAGUGGAAUUUACCACCUGAGGAGCUUGAAACUUUCAACAACGACGCACAGAAAGUACGGACAAAGGCAGAUGAGAUUUAUAAGAAAUUCAAAUCGGUUUGUAAAUUACCGGCGGGGUCUGUUAACUUUUGGGACGGUUUCAAUGACAUUGUUAGGAAAUUUAGGGAGGAUUGCAUCCAUUUGAAUAAUAGGGAAGUUUUUGUUUUGUGUGCCGAGCCAUAUUCGCGUCAAGCUAUUAUUGACCGACUUGAGCAGGAAGAAGAAUUACAAGAGGCUGAUAUUCACCGUCCGGUUGAUAGUGAAAUUGAGAAAGUUGCAGACGUUCAGUAGUGUUGCAAGUAAUACAUAAAGAAGAGUUUUUUAGUUUAUUAUUAUUUUUUUUUUGUUAAAAUAUGUAUGUUUAAACACUUUUCAAUAUAAAACAUUAUUUACGA